UGGCCAUGCAGCAGCACCCGCCGCCGCCGCCGCCGCCUCUCUCCUUGCCGGCCCGGAGCCCGGCUGCCCCUCCGUCUCCGUACCUCCACAGCCUGCCCGCUUGGGUGCUCGAAGAGUUCUGUCGGAAGAUGGACUGCCUCAACGAGUACGACUGGAUGCGCUUCGCAUCCUAUGUCAUAACGGACCAAACUGAGCUGAGGAAAAUCAAAUGCAUGGAAAAGGCCGGAAUCAGUAUAACAAGAGAGCUGAUGUGGUGGUGGGGAAUGAGGCUUGCAACUGUCCAACAGCUGCUGGAACUCCUGCAGGAACUGCAGCUCUAUCAGGCAGCCCAAGUGAUUGCUGAGUGGAAGUCAGUCUCACCCCCUCAUGAUUCAGUCUGGACCCCUCAACAGAAGAAUGCAUCACUGCAUCCAACUGGGAAUAAAAAUAAGGACCUGGAAAAUGGAUUAGAAGCACCGGUGUCACAAAAUUCAGAUUCUGUUUUAAAUGAUGAAUCAGGCAUAAUUCCUUUAUCUCCACUCCUAACUUCCAUGGACCUUCCACAUUCUUUACGUUCAAAUCCACCAAAUGUAAAGCCUUGCAGUACCUCGAUUCCUCAGCAAGAAAAUAUGCCUAAUCAGCUCAGUGACAAUCUUUUGUGGACACCAAAUGAAGUUGAAACUGCUACUGAUGGCUUCAGUGAGGAAAAUCGACUUAGUGAAAGCAUUUUUUCCAUUGCCUACAAAGGUCGGAGAGACAAUGCUCUUUGUGUUGUUAAAAGGCUAAAAGAAAAGAGUCAGACACAAAGAUUUUUUCGCAUAGAAGUACAGAUCUGCUUUCGCUGUUGCCAUCCUAAUAUUCUACGGCUGUUGGGCUUCUGUGUAGAAAGUGGAUUUCAUUGCCUCAUUUACCCUUACAUGUCAAACGGAUCAUUGGCUGAUAGAUUACAGUGUCAGGAAGAUUCUGCAGCAUUAACUUGGGAGAAACGCAUCAGCAUCUCUUUGGGACUUAUUCAAGCCAUUCAACAUUUACAUCACUUUGGAAUUAUUCAUGGAAACAUAAAAAGUUCCAAUGUUUUGCUAGAUGCAAACUUUGUGCCUCAACUUGGGCAUUCUGGUCUUCGGUUGCACCCUGUGGAGAAAAAAUCCGAUUAUGCGAUGGUGAAAACCAAAGUUUUACAAGCUUCUCUUGCUUACUUCCCAGAGGAUUUCAUCAGGCAUGGGCAACUAACAGAAAAAGUGGAUAUAUUUGGUUGUGGAAUAGUUUUAGCAGAGAUCUUGACUGGCAUGAAGGCAAUGGAUGAAGGAAGACACCCUGUUUUUCUGAAAGAUGCCAUCCUUGAAGAAAUCCGACUAGCAAAAGAACUGCUCUCUUCUAAGGAAAAAACCUUUGAAAGAUUUGCUGCAAUAGAAAUAUGUCAUAAAUAUCAAGACAAGCAUGCAGGCUGCUUGGCAACAACAGCAGCUACUUGGUUGGCCACAGCUGUCUGUGUUUGUCUUCGGAAAAAGAAUGCUAAUAUGGCUGAGGUGAAAGAAAGUGUGGAAAUGGCAGAUCGUCAAAUACAUUAUCACCAAAUGCCUGAAGGAAACAGAUGUUUUCGCCUAUCUGUCAAUACCCCAGAAGAAACUAAUGAUGAACCCACUACUUCAUUGAAUGUUGGUUUCUCAGGUGACCACAGCUGUGAGGGUAGGGUGAAUUCGGAACCCCUGAAUGAUGUGGAUUUGUUGCCACCUUUGAUAAGAACUGUGCCUCAUGAAACCAAUUCUGAGCAAUUAUUGCAGAUCCCUUGUGAAUCAGAUGAAUACGAUAGCUUUUCUUGGGACCAUUCAGGGAAUGCUUGCUGCCAGUCGCGGUCGCUAAGCAAUGGCCAUCCACAUUUUGAAAAUAUUUCUCUCCUUAAGCACCUAAACAAUGAUGCAGAUUAUACCAGUGAUUUCACAGCAAAAAAAAUGGACUCUGACAGGAGUAUGGAGCCACAGGAGGCAACGGCCUCUUCCAGCGGAAUUGUUCCAUCACACAGAGGCAAUAGUAGCGCUACCUGUUCAUCAGAAGCAGUGACAAAAGAAAUAGAGAUCAACAAUAAAAAGAAGAAGCUGAUGGAACAAAUUUUAUUGUAUAAAGAAAAGAAGAUAAACAGCUAUGAGCUCUUUGAGUCAUCUCUGUAAUUAAAUAAUCUCCUAUGGCAUUCUCUGAAGAUGAAAUUUCCUUAGCAAUAGGAACUGAAGAAAAGAUUACAGUACUUAAAAGUUAUAUUGGAUUAACAUACAAAGAAGAGAGGAGAGUAUCAACAUGAUGUGACUGGAAUGAAAAAAAUUCUACCCACUACUUUAUAGCUGCAAUUUGAUAUAUAGUUCAUGGACAGCCUCAGAAGCCAAAGAAGUAGUGUCAUUAAAUAAAAGAAAAGCAUUAUUCUCUCGUGGUGGCAUUAGCUGAAUAAUAUAACACAUUUUGACUGGUUGCCUUUAGUGUCUCAAGGAACAAAUUGUAUUUUGUUAUUAUAUUGGCAUCUGUAUAUAUUCUUCUUGCUUGGCAACUCAGAAUGGAAAAGUAUAGUCAACUGAUUCAAGUGAAAAAGUGUUCAGAUGCUAGAAGGGGAUAUGAAAAUUCUAUUUGUUGUAUUUCACUUUUGAAGGUGAAACUUCAAAUACAACUACCCACCAGGCAUGGUAAUCAACUGCUCCUCUUGAAAAAUAUCCUCAGUCUCGCAAAAACUCUAUAAUCUGAGUAAACUCACUACAGCACACAGCUUUGCUUGUUGUGUGAUGUUCUCAGGCAAAAUCUGCUUUUGUCAAAA